AUGAUUCGCGACGGUAAACAACGAGGCUGGCUGUCUCUGCCUGUCGACUCUCUGCCUGUAUGGGCUGCCUUCAAUUCUGUUUCGUUUGACGGCGUCGAUAUCGGUCCAUUGCCAGGCAAAGAAGAUCGUGGCUCGACUGUCAUUGCAAAUCGCUCUCUCAAAGGCCGGCAUGAAUCACCUCUUAUAACGAUACCCAGAGAUUUGAUCCUCUCACUCGAGAGAAUCCAUGAGCAUGCAAAAUUUGAUUCUGACUUUCGUGCUGUCCUCGAAGGUCUCGAUGAUUUUGGUAGGACUGCUAGAGGCGCCAUCCUGGCUUUCCUGCUUAUGCAAUCCUUCACUGCAUGCCCUUCUGUCGUGAAAAAGAAGGGUGUAUCGGGUCCUUUUACCGAGUAUGUCAAGUACCUGCCUAUGGAACUGCUUCCCACCUUCUGGUCAUCUGCCGAGUGCGAACUGUUGACGGGUACCACACUUGCUCCUGCACUCACCGCAAAGUUGAACUCGCUCCACCGCGAAUUCGACCAAAUUCAAGAUGCGACAUCAAACAUCCCGUGGUGUGCCGAACAGUGGUGGGACGAAGUCGAUGGAAUCAUUGAAUUCGAUGAUUGGCUGCAAGUUGAUGCCUUCUACCGUUCGAGAGCUCUCGAGUAUCCUGGAGUAGGUGACUGCAUGGUCCCUUGUAUCGACAUGGCCAACCACACUUCCGGUACCGGCACUGCUGCUAUCUAUGAAGUGGACGAUCAAGGCAACGCGGUGUUGCUAUUACGCGAUGACAAAGACAUUGAGGAAAACGGCGAGAUAACCAUCACCUAUGGAGAUAACAAGGGCGCUUGCGAGAUGCUUUUCUCGUAUGGCUUCAUCGAGGAGGACAUGCAAUCUGCUCGUGAGCUAUUUCUUGACCUAUCGAUCCCAGGAGACGACCCACUGGGAAGAGCUAAGGCGGCAGUUGCAAACUGUGCUCCAGGCCUCAAGAUCGUCGACGCUGUGAAAGGCGUGAUUUGGGAUGGUGCCUACAUCUGGCUCAUCUGCGUCAACGAGGAGGAUGGACUGUCGUUUCAAAUCCAGCAGACCGUUGAAGGUACUCGCGAGCUGAUCGCCACAUGGCAAGAUGAACCGGUGCACGGAUUUGAAGGGUUCCGGUCUAUCCUGGAGAAGGACCCGUUGUGGGAUGUCUACCAUCUCCGCGCUGUUAGCAUAUUACAGGAACGAGUAGCGAGUCAAUUACGCGACCUCUACGGGUCAGAUGACCGAGUUGAUGCCGCGAAACACGGCGAUGGCACCGACAUCAGGGACAGACCUUGGCAUCUAGCCAAACGACUCAGAUUGCUGGAGAGUGAGCUAUUGGAAAAAGCUUACAGCCAUUACGAAGAUCAGAAACUUCAACUCAUGCAAAGUGAGACUGUGUUGAGAUAUCUAUCGGGGCCAAACGUUGAGCAAGAGGAAGACUUUUCUUGA